UUGACAAUUAAGCAUCCAAAGCUAAAAGCUCAGCCUCGACACCAAACAAAACCAAAACCAAGAGUGAAAAGCACGGCACUUUCUUUAUUUCAGAUUCUUCAGCCUAACAGGACUUUCGUCGAACACUUCUCGUGGCUUCCAUCGCAGAGAAGAAGAGAAGAAGCAAAAAUGGCGUACGUAGACCACGCCUUCUCGAUCAGCGACGAGGACAUAAUGGUGGGAACCUCGUACACCGUCAACAACAAGCCUCCCGUCAAGGAGAUCGCCCUCGCCGUCGCUCUCCUCGUCUUCGGCGCUCUCGGCAUCGUCCUCGGCUUCUUCAUGGCCGUCAAUCGCAUCGGCGGUGACCGAGCUCACGGUCUGUUUUUUGCGUUACUCGGGGCGAUCUUGUUCAUACCGGGAUUCUAUUACACUCGGAUUGCGUAUUAUGCGUAUAAGGGUUACAAAGGCUUCUCUUUCUCCAACAUUCCUGCCGUUUAGCUCCCAUUAUCAUAUACCUACCUACCUACCUCCAUGUACAAAUCUUUCUUCUUUUCCUCGUUGUUUUUUUUAUUUUUUUUUAUUUUUGUGGAUUAAUAUAAUGUGUAGUGUUCUUUGUAUGCUAAUCAAUAGUUGUUUUUUGAACGUAUUUGAUGGUUCAAUAUAGUCAAACUCUAUACUAAUAGUGAAAUAUUUGGCUGCU